AUCUAGUAUUUUUUUAACUUAUACAAAAUUUUUAUUUACUUUACUCUUUGCGGUAGCCUCUAUGUAUCUUUUCAAUACUUUUUUGAAACGAUCUAUAUGCGUGAAAUUUAGUGCUUGGAUGACUAGAUAAUGUGAAUGCGGCUUAAGAUUUAGGUAUUUAUAGUUUUAUCAAGCUGUAUCGCUGUAUUCUUUUGCCUUUCUAUUGUUCACAAACCAAAGCACAGAUUAGAGAGAAUAUGUCUAAAGAACCAAAGUUUUGUUUGAUUUGAGUAGAGUGAGUUUUGUUAUAAAACAAAGAUGGAUGCCACGGCUACAUCUAGUUCAGAGACCGGUGAUAAAAGACAUUUGGAAAAUGUGUUAUCUGAUACGGAGAUUGCUAGUUUACCCGUUUCGGUCGCGGAAAAGAUCAACGCAUAUAUUGACCAAAAAUUUGAAGAAUAUUUGACGUCAAAAGCACUCCACGAAACACGCAAAUCGCAAAUAGGUGAUAAAAUUGCUAGUUCAGAAGCUACAAUUCUUGAAAUAACUGCAAAGUAUGAAGAUGCAGCAAGAAAAUUGCAAGCAGCAGAUGAAACAACUACAGAGUUGAGUAAACAAAUCGAAACUUUAAAUAAUGAACUUGAGAAAGCCCGUGACAAAAUUGGACGUUUAGAAAAUGAAAUUAUAUCAGUUAAAAGCUCACGAGAUGCUGCUGUUGAUGAAAGAAAUGAUUUAACGCGAAUAUUACAAAGACGUGAUACUGAAAUUGAAAGAUUGACGGCUAAUGAAACCUCGCUGUCGCAGCAGCUGCGUGCAGCUAUCGAUGCAAAAUGUGAAGCAUUAGCAUUAAAUGACGAAAUUCAAAGUAAAGAACUUUCACUUCAAUAUCGCGAGAAAAGAAUAGAACAGGAGAGAGUUUUAUUAAAUUCUCAAAUUGCAAGUCUCACAGAAGAAGUUAAUAGACUUACUUCAGAAUUACAAACACUUAGAUUAAACAAUACAAGCAGAUUGGUAAGUUUAGAAACCCAAUUAUCAGAAAAAAAUGAAGAAUUAAAUGCUGCCAAUGACACUAUUUCUCAAUUAAAUGAAGUUAAAAAGAAUUUAAAUAAUAGAGCCGAAACUUUAACGCAACGCUUAAUGGAACAAAGAGAAAUAGAAAACAGGAUGACAGAAAAUUAUAAAAAGGAGCUUGACGCUAAAACCAAACUGGCAGAUUUGUUUAAAACGAUGCAUGAUGACGCUGAAGCUAAAACUGUAGAAAUGACUGAAGGUAUAGCGGAACUGCAGAAACUGUUGAAUGAAGCAACUGAAAAAUAUGGUGAUCUAGAAACAAAAUACAAACAAGCGGAAGUAGAUCAUGAAGAAUUAAUGGAGAAGAAAAAUGAAAUUAUAGCAUCAUUAAAAAAUGAAUUAGAUCAUGCAAAUGACUUAUUAAAAGCUGCUAAUGCUCAAAAUCUUGACAUGGCAUUAAGCGACUUAGCUCCAUCUGCUGCCACAGCUAGCAAGCUACUUAAAUCGGGGAUGUCAUUAACUCAAAUUUAUUCACAAUUAGUAAAAGUAACAGACGAAUUAGCACAGGAGAAGGAAGAAAACAGGCGUCUUAACAUUACAAUCAAUACAAUUGUUCAGGAAUUAGAGGAAAAGGCACCACUUCUACAAAAACAAAAAUCAGAAUAUGAAGAAGCUUUAGAAAGCAAUACGGCAUUGUCCCAACAAAUAGAUUCAUUAGUGAUUGAAUGUAACAGACUACGAGAUGAUUAUAGUGAAUCUGCAAAGAUUGCUAAUCACUACAGUAGAGAAAAUGGAAAAUUAAAGGGCGAGUUAGCUGAUUUAGGACGACAAGUUUGUUUCUUAUUGAAGGAAAUUGAACAUAGUCGCGGUGGAUCUUUACCAAAUGGAGAUCAUGAUUCAUCACAUACUGCUUCCAAUACUACAAAUUCAUCCGAAGUGAGUACAGCUCGGAUAAUUUCAAAAACAUUAGUUACUUUUACUGAUAUUCAAGAAUUACAAGCUAAUAAUCAAAAACUCUUAAGGAUGGUUCGAGAAUUGACCGAAAAACAAGAGGAACUUGAGCGCCAUAAAGAGCAGUUUGAAAGUGGGGAGAUGCAAAAUAAAAUAGAAUCUUUAAAAAAUAGAGUGACAGAACUGACAGAAGCCCAAGAAAGGCAAACAAAAAUGGUCAAUGGUCUUAUUAGACAACGCGAUAUGUUUAAAAAGUUAUAUCAUGAUCUUAUGAAAGGUAAACGUCAUGAAAUUACAUCUAUAUUGGAAACAGCUGAUAUAGAUAAAGGUGAUUCAUUUACAAUGGAAACAUCACCUGAAAAGUCCAUGAUGAAACCUGCCAAUAUUGAAUCAUCUAAUUGUGAAAUCAAAUUAAAAGAAACUUUGAAACACUUAGAGUUAUUGAAAGAGGAAUACAAAACUUACAAAGAAGAAAAAAUGACUAAUGAAAGAAUGCUAUUUGAACAAAUCGAUAACAUGAGACAAGAAAUUGCAAAGCUUACUGCAGCAAAUAGCAAAUGCGCCUCUACUUCAGAAUACAAUAAUGAACGCCUAAAAAUAUUGCAAACAAAUAUAGCAACUUAUAAAAAACAAAUAAAUUCACUAGAAGACAAGAAUAAAGCUUAUAAUGCUACUAUUGCUAAACAUGAAGUUUCUUUGCAACAUUUAAGAGAUGAAGCUCUUAAUGCGCAAAGUAAACUUGCUGCUGCAGAAAUUCAAGUGGAAAACUUAAAAUUGGAAUGUAAAUUGCUUAAAGAUGCUGAAUUACGGCUUCAAACUGAGAAAGAAAUUUUGAAUAGGGAAAGACAAGGGCAGUCUUUAUUAUUAAAAAAUUUAGAAUUAAUAAAAGCUAGUUUAGAACGCGUAGAAGCAGAAAAUCGCGCUAAAAUAGAAUCCAGACUUGAUGAAGCGACCAGAGAAUGUUCAGCAUUAAGAAGGAGAUUACAAGAAGAACAAGAUAGAUUUAGAGAACUAGCAGCUCAUUUAGAACGACAGACUGAUACAGCAAAGCUGCGCAUGCAAGAAGAAAAAGAUGCAGCUGAUUUAAUGAGAAAGGAAGUAGCUGAAUUGCGCCAAGAUUUGUUAGAAAAAAAUAAAGCCAACGAAGAACUUGCUAAAAAAUUAAAAGUAGCUCUUGCCCCCAAUACAGAUGGAUCAUUUGAUACUAUAAAAAAAAUUAAGGAAUUAGAAAACAAAUUAUCUGAUCGGAAUAGUGAAAUUCAAUCUUUGCAAGAACAAUUGAAAGUGACUAAAGAACACGUAAAACAAUAUUGUGAUAUAUCAGAGGGUGCUGAAAAAGAAUUAAAAAAUCUAAACACUGAAUAUGAAAUAUAUAAACGUGAAUCAGAACAAAAGUUAACUGAUUACAUACAGAAAUUACAACAUCUUGAAGAUAAGUGUUCAGAGUUAGAAACCGAGCUUUCUCUACAUGCAAAUGGAGAUCAUUCUAAUAGUAAUAGUACGUUAAGGAAUGAAUUAUUAAAUGUUAAAGAAGAGUUGAAGCUUGCUUUAGUAAAUUUCGAUAAUUGUCGCUUAGAACUUGAAACAGCUCGUAUUGAAAUUACAAAGUUAUCUGAAUCGGUACAAAAGGCUGAAGAAAAAUAUAAUCAUGAGAUGAUCUUACAUUCAAAUGACAUACAAACUUUGUCGCAAGUUAAAGAAGAACUAUCAAAAGCACAAAAUCAAUUAAACGAAUUAGUUGCAUUAAAGAAUAGUGCUGUAGAAAAGAUGGAAUCUGAGAAAAAUGCUUGGGCUGAAAGACAAGCAAUAUUAAUUAAAGAAAAUGAACAGUUAACACAGCGUUUAAAAGAUUUGAAUGAUCAGAAUUCAUUGUUGCAUGAUCAAAUUCAAGCCCUUGGUACUCAGUUAUCAGUGAGCCAUGCAUCUAAAUCGCACUCAGAAAGUUUGAAUGAGUCAAAUGCUAAUGAUUCAAUAAAUAUAUCUGUUAGUGAAGAUGACGGUAAAUCAUCUGAACAGUUAUUCCAAAUUGUGAAAUUCUUAAGAAAAGAGAAGGAUAUUGCUAUGGCGAAGUUUGAUAUUUUACAAGCUGAAACUAUGAGACUCAAAUCGCAGUUAGAAAUCGCUGAAAAACAACUUGAUGAUUCUAAACUUGCUUUAGCAGCUGAAAGAGAACGCUCAGAAGUGACCAUGGUAACUGUCAAUAAACAGUCUGAUAUCUUAAGAAAAGUAGAGACACUAAAUGCCUUAACGGACAGCAAUAGAAUCUUAAGAGAAGAACGUGAUAUUUUAUCAGUACGCGUUGAAGAACUUAGUGCCUCAAUUAAAUUAAUGGAGGAACAAUUAACCCCAUUACAAGAAAGAAUUUCAGAUGUAACAUCUAAAAAUGAAACUUUACAGUCUGAAAAUAUUGCAUUGAAAGCAGAUUGUGCUCGGUGGAGAACUAGAGUCAAUGCCCUAGUAGAACGUGCUAAUAAAACUAGUCCAGAAGAUUGGAAACGGCUUCAGAAUGAAAGAGAAACUUUAGCUAAAAUGUUAACUAAUGAAAAAGAAACUAUUAGAAAACUCAAUGAAGACUUAGGUUCAAUUAAAGUGGAAAAGACAAAGUUGGAAGAGCAAUAUACAUUGUUGUCACGUCAGCAAAACACACUUAUGGAGGAAAAUACUAAACAGACUGAGGAAUUGCAAGUUCUCAAAGAUGAUAUGGCACGUUUAACUGAAGAAGUGUCAAAACUUAAAUCUGAACUUGCUUCUGCAAAUGAAAGUAUUACUAAGCUAACUGAUGACCUGACUAAUAAAGAAUCUACUUUAACUGAUAUUAGAAAUAAAGAAAUGCAAAUUAGAAAAAUAGCUAAAAAAUAUAAAGCCCAGUAUGAAGAACUAGUAAAAACUACCGAAGAAGAAAAAAAGAAGAUUGAAGGACAAGCUGCUGCUGCCGAUACUGCAUUAGCUGAGAGCACGAAAAAAUUAGAGGAGCAGCUAAAUGAACUUCAAAGCCAACUGGAAACAGAAAAAUCUAAUAACGAAAAGUUGCAACAAGAACUUGAAACUCUUAGAACAGCUAAUUUGGAUAAGGAAGAAAAAGCGAAGCAAGUAUUAAAACAAGCAAAAAGUAAAAUUGUCCAAUUAACUGAACUAAAAAAUUCAUUAAGCCGAGAGCUUGACGAAUCACGUUCAAAAAUUGGAGCGAUUGAACAAGUAGCACAAAGUACACGCGAUGAACAAGACGUUAGAUUAGCACUUAUAAAGUCACAAUAUGAGGGUCGUCUGUCUAGACUGGAAAAAGAACGCGGAGAAGCCCAAGCAGAGAAAUCUAGAGAAGUUGAAGCAUUAAUGCAAAAAGUUACUAUGCUUCAAAGACAACUGGCUAGUCAAGUUUCAGCAUCGAAACAGCAAGUGACUACUGAGAAAACUACUACGGAUCCUCCUACGGCUAACAUAAAACCUAUGGCUGGAGUAGCUCAACAGAGCGUCUCAGCGAGCCGGCGUGGAGGCGAGACACCGCUAGCGUCAAUACGACCGAUGGCGCAGGUGGGCCCUACGGCGCCACACGACGCACACAGCACCGAAUAUAUGCCAGCCUCAUCUUCGCGACCGCUACCUCGCACCGCACUCGCGGCGUCUGCCGGCUCCGCUGUUCCUUCUGCAUCAUCUGCAACCACCGCACCGCCUCCAGAAUCCACUCAGGAUAUGGAUACGAGUGAAGCAGGCAUGGGUAGUUCCGGUGCUAGUGACAAUAGUGCCCAAUCUUCAUCACAUUCUCAGGCACCACAACAGGCUGUAGCUUUAGUGAUGCCACGCAUUGAACAGCCGAGCGGGGCCAGUUCGGGUGGUGUUGGAGUGUCUGCUGCCAGUUCCGUUGUAGCACCCAGCAUCACGAGUGCGGCGUCUCCAGUCACCUCUGCACCUUCGCUAGCUGGCGCAUCAAGCGGCGAGAGAGCGCAGAGCUCGGCCGCAAGCGGCGCGGCGCUGGUGUCGGGCGGUGUCAGCACGUCGCAGCCGCCGUCGGACGCGCGGCCCGCCAAGCGCCGCCUGCAGCCGCGCCCGCUCGCCGCCAAGAGGACUCGCGUGCAGGGAUUUGAAAGAUCUGUAGAAGUGGAAUAUCAGGUGCCAACAUCGUCCCGUUGCGAUCAAGAUGAUGAAGGCGUCAUUGUUGUCGAUUCUGAAGAAGACGACGAAAGAUGUUCUGGCACUAUGUAUAGGGAAGGUGAGGAAGAUGAAGAAGACAUGGAUGAAGAACAGGAAGUUGAAGGAGGGGAGGAAGAAGAGGAAGCGGAAGGAGAAGACGGAGAUAAUGCUGCACGACAAGAGUCACCGGCGCAGUCACCGGAGGCCGGCGAGGAGGGCGAAGAAGGCGAUGAAGGUGAAGAGAGCGAAGGGGGCGCGAGCGGGGCGCGGGAGGCGGGCGAGGCGCGCGAGGCCGACAGCGAGCCCGCGCCCGCGCACCAGCAGAUCGAGGCCAUCAGCAGUGGAACAGAACCAAGUGGAGCCCUGUCUUUAGGCGGCAAUGGAGGCGACGAUGGCGACGACAGCAUAGUUCCAUCUACUCCUACACUGUACGUCCCGAGGCGAAAUGACGGGUUUGGAGAGGCGGUGGUGUCGCCGGUGGGCGCGGGCGGCGGCGCGGGCGCGGGCGCGGCGGGCGGCGCGCGCUUCACGUUCGCGGAGGCGCCGGGCGCCGCCGCGCACCACGACACGCACCCCGACCUGGCCGCCGCGCUGCCGCCCGCCGCGCCCGCCCAGCACGCCCAGCACGCCCAGCACUCCCAGCACGCCGCGCCUCACGCUUCUCACCCGCACACUGACUCGCGUAACGAAGGAGUUGAAAGUCGCGACUGGGAAGAAUCGCGUGCUGAAGAAGAGACUACAGCGGUCAGCUCGCAGGGAAGCGAACCUUCUUCUCCACAGCAUGGGAUAGCGUGGGAGGGUCGCGAGGCAGAGGCGAGCGCGCCAGCGGGCAGCGCGGCGGCGGGCCGCCGAGCGCCGCCCGCGUCGCCCGCCCCCGCCCCCGCACCCGCACCCGCACCCGCACCCGCACCCGCGCCCACGCCCACGCCGCCCCAGCGCUGGAUGCGCGCCGCAGAUAGUGAAAGCGGAGCACGAGGUCGUGGAAUGCGAUCGAGAGGGCGUCCAUCACGAAGGUCUCAUAAUUAUCACAUGAGGUAUUAAAUGUUGCCGUAAAUUAGAGUUCUUUCGUGUAAUCGAUUAUAAUAUUAUAUAGUAUAAAAUAUAGACUGGAUUUUUUGUUAAUUGUGGUGUUGCAUUUUAGUUCAUAUGUAUAAAUUGCUUCUUGAAUAAAUAUUGAUUUAGAACCAGAUAACAAAUUUGUAUCAUCUAUCUUUGACAUAUUGAUAUUAUAGUGAUUUUUGUUUUAUAAAUGGUAUUGAAUGCAAUUGUCAAUGUUUAGUGUAGGGAAGCCAAAUUAUAAUUCAACUAUAUCAAUACCUACAUUUCCAAAUUUACUGAUACAAUAUUAUAAUAGUACCUAGUUAUUAGCAAUAAGAAACUUGAAUUAGAAAUAAUAACUCUCAUAAUCCAAUUUCAAAUUAUACUACAUCGUCUGUUAUUACAACAGUUAGUACGUUCAUACAAUUAUUAUGUGCUCAUUUGUAGAAUAAGUGUUUUCUUAUGAUUUCAUUACUUAUAUUAACAAAAAAAUACAUUUCCAUACUUUUUUGUCAGAAUUACAAAACAUAGAAAUAAAAAAAAUUGUCAACUA